ACAUGGACAGACCUCAUUGACAUCUGGACAAAGUACAAUAUUUCAAACUAGAGGACCUGCAGAAUCGUCGACAACGAUGGCGACGACGAACCCGACUUCUUCUCGAGCGGCAACCGAUUCUUCACUCUCUCCGUGUAUGAGACGAACUCCUGUCCCCACCGUGACUGCGGCGACGACCGAAGCGUCCGUAGUAACGGAUGUUACCAAUAUUGGAACGCCAAUUUCAGACACCUCAAUGGCGUCGGUUUCGAGAUUGACAACGCAGUCGGAACCUGAGCUGUCGACAACGCAGACACCAUCAACACUCCCUCGGUCUACAGAAGCAACAUUGAGUCCAUUUCCAUCGUCCAUUCCCGAAUUGACAUCAUCGGGUUCACUGACGCUGACGACUUCUACUCCUUCAGUGAAUGAUCCCACGACAGCCUUUGAAGAACUUCCUGCCGUUGCAACGGAUGUAGUCCCAGGCCUCUCAUCUACUAAUGAACCCAGUGCAACUCGUACUUUUACUUCUACAACUACCGAAGUAGCAUCAUCUACCAUGUCUACAAUCCAGGAUGACUACUAUACAAUGCCUGAUGCAUCGACUACUUCUUUGGAAUCUACCGAGUCCGUUCAAACAACCCGAAGAAUAAUCUUGACUUCUAUUGGCACUGAAAAGACAACAACUACAGAAGUGUCAGAAAGAUCUGAAACAGCACAAGUUGUUACUCAAAGUCAUACCACAGAAGGUGAGGUUGGUGCAAAUACUGAAACUGCAAGUCCCUCAACACAUAUUGCCACAACUGCAGGAACUGAGUCAUCAACCGAAGAAAGUCCAACUGGUUCAGGGAAAUAUACAGAUUCACUUAGUACUGAAUCACAGACCUCCCGAACAAACGACCUAAUCACUCAAAGUUUUACCACGAAAGAAGAGCUUGUAAGAUAUACUGAUUUUAGGAGCACAGCAACUAAUGGCGUCGUUACAACUGAAACAAUUACAACUACUGGUGUAUCAACACCAGAAAGAACUACUGAUAUACAGACACCGGGAUUCUCGAUGAGUACGGGAGCGCCCGAUUUAUCAACGGUGUUAAGAACAACGUCUGUCACAACUGCAAAUUAUGAGCCUGCUACCAGUGAAACUCCGACGACGUUGCAAACGGGGUCGAAUACGGAAUCAACUAUAUACAAAACUUCGUCAACCGAUGCGACUGAAUCAACUGAGACAUCAAUUAAGCCCACUAUGAAUGUCAGUACAGAAGAAAGUAUAUCGGAUAUACCUUCUACAGGUAUUGGAGUCCAUUCAACGUCAUCGUCGUCGUCAUCGUCGUCUCCAUCAUCUUUUUCAUCGACCGCCACCUUGAGACCAACAGCAGAUGCAUCAAAUUCCACAGAAGCAACAACGUUUUCUACAAACGUAUCAAAAACUACAGACAAUACUCCAACCUCGAGUACAGAUGUAAUCGCAUCUUCGCAGUCGAUGUCGAAUUCGACUUCGGCGUCUGUUUCGGGAAGUGAAGGCGGUGUGAAUAUGCCCCUAGCAGUUGGGUUAUCGGUGACGGGCGUUGUAUGCGUGAUGGCCGCCUGUGCCGCAACACUCAUUGUUCGUCGAGCAAGACGCGUGUCUUACGGAUUAACACAAUAGGGGCUUUUAGAUUUGUACAACGACAACGUGGAUUGCUACGAUUGACGUCCUUUUGAUGCACUGCCUUGAAUGGACGUCACACGUAUCAGUCCACGCAAAUCUAAAAGUCCGUAAUAGCAACCUGUGGCGUAUAGACCAUCCUUAUUUCAUGUUUUUCCCCAAAAUAAUUUAUACGAAGAAAGGACAUAUACUUUUAAAUCUAGCCAAAAAAUCCCUUUAGGUUAGCUAACAGGAUUCGUUUGUACUGUCUUUUAUAGAAAAGGGAAGCUAUAUUUCCGAUUCAAAACUUGUAUACAUUUCAUGUACAAAGUAAUAGCAAAUUAGGCACGGUGUGAAACAGAUUUAUAACCAAAUAUUUUGUAUAGAAAGUGUGUAUAUUGGUAACACUGUUAACAGUUUGUAUUAUUUCAAAUAACCCAUACUUAUGCUGUGUAAGAAAAUAUUGUAUAGCAUGCUUCGCUGACGUCGAUUUUUCAAAUGCCUGAUUUGUUAAAUAGUCCCACCCCCCCCCUCUCUCUCUCUCUCCCUCCCAUUUGCCUUCCUCAACAUUGCAGUGACCCCGAUGAAUUGCCCAAUAAGUGCACAGGGUAUUUAAGCAAGCAUUUUAUCUACGUUGUUUCUCUCCAUCCAGGUGAAGGCCGUAUACGUGUAUACUCGGCGUAUGAUGCGAACGUCACUUUUUUCACUAGCAGGAGUACAUGUGUAAUUAAGGCCAUUGGCGAUUAUAAUAAUAAUAAUAAUAAUGAUACUAUUGAUAAUAAUGGGAUUUUUUUUAUUUAUUUAUUUCUGAUAUUUAGACAGGGUGACUCAUUAUCACCAAUAAUGGUGGUCUUUGAUGAUGCCCUGUUAAACAUAAUGAGGUACAUUAUAGUUUAACAAAUAUAUAUAUAUAUGAUAAUAAUAUUAACAACAAAAUCUUGAACAUAAAUUCAUAACAGCAAUAAACAAUAAGUAAGAACAUGUUUAAAAUUUUGAAAUGAAUUUGACCUGAAGGAUAUGGCAAAAGAAAGAACUAGAUAUACCUGUUACAGUGUAUCUAUGCUGAAUGAAUUUGGAUAUAAAAACACAUUCUUAAGAAUUUUACCUUUUGUCAAUGAAAUUUGUAUGGCGCCAAAUGACCUUGAAAUCAAAUGCUGAAGAUGCACUUGUACAUAAUAAAAAAAUCUCAUCUGCAUUAUAGCAGGAUUAAGAUAAAACUUUAAACAAAAGUUUAGAGAAUAAUUAUUUAAAUGACGAUCCAAACAUAUUAGUUUGAAGAUUAUUGGUUAACACUUAAACUGAUCUGCUGAUCUGAUCGAGGGAGAACAUUCCACAGCGAAGGCCCUGCAUGUGCAAAGGUUUUCUUACCCUACUUUUUAUUAAUCUUAGAAAGCACAAGAAAUCCAGAGUUUUGAGAGCAUAUAGAUCUAGAUGGGAUGUAUUGAUUUAUCAAAGUACUCUUGUACUAUACAGCAGAGCCAUGGACCCUUUGAAAUAAAGACAAAUAAAAGUGAGAAUAAACAUAGGAGGAAAAGGUGAGAUAUAGAGAGUGCGCACGGGUGCCGACAGUGACUGGAGUAAUAGAAUUUGAUGUAAAUCGCAUAGAAAUGUAAAAGUAGGCGCUAUGCAAGUUAUAACUACAUAUGUUAUUACAUAAACUAAAAAUUAUAUUCUAAAUGCUGUGAUGUAAUUCAAAUAUCAACACUGUCUUUCACGUGAGGCCUUCCAGAUAUCUAAUUCUUUUUAACAUGUAUAUGCUACCUUAGUUGUGAAAAUUUGACCACCCAAAUAUUAUACGUGUGUCAGUACGUAAAAAUUAAUAACGAUUUCGCAUGACCUGUAAUAUUAUUGGCAACAAACAAUACAACAAAUGUCUAAAACCAUUGAUCCAAACUCGGAAUUUCUACCUGCCGACUUUUCAAGUUCUUCAAGUUGAGUACAUAUAUUGGACGUGAUAUGAAUUAUUCCGCUAAUAAUGUGUUUUAUUUUGUUGUUUUUAUUACAUGUACGUAUUGUUCAAUAAAGUAAAAGUCAAGGCCCUUUAGUUUCCAUUA